UACCGUCAAUUGCUAACAACACUCUCGUCAUGAGCUUGACAGUUAACCUCAACCUACGCAUAACGUUUUAGGAGAGCCUGGAAAUAUAGGCGCAGUUCAAUUGUUGGUGUGUUCAAGGUCGUUGCGGUCAACUACUAUGAUUGGCAACAAGUUCUUCUUAGAGGUCAAACGGUUUAUUUCUAGCUAGCUGCCCAAGCUAAGUUGCUAGCUGUGUGUUAGCCUGCUAGCUCGCUAGCUUGGCUGCACUCAGCUUGUGAGCGAGCGGUUGCCUCUUUUCCGGAUAACAACACUGGGAAAUAAAACAAGUGUGUGUGUGUGUGUGUGUUACAGGGAUGGUGCAGCCCCAACCUGAUGGUCCACUGCAGUGGGACAUGUCAGGAGAGGACAGUGGGGGGGCCCUCAGGGUCCCACCUGAGCUGGCGGCCAAUGAAGUGGUGACCCGGUUGCUCGGGGACAAUCAACAGCUCAGAGAGGCCUUGCGGCGGAGCAACCUCGCCCUGCGUCAGCGCUGUGAAGAGAUGGAGAGUUGGCAGCGAAAGACAAGGGAGGACAGAGAGUUUCUUAGCUGUCGUUUCCAGGAGGCCAGGUCCCUGGUGGAGAGGUUGGCCCAGGAGAACUACUCCUUACAGAGCCUGGUGAACGGAUCAGCCUCCUUAUCUAACUGCUGUAGCUCCAGUCAGACUGAAGGUCCUUGUCCAACCAAGAAUGGGCCUACAGAUGCAUCACAGACCCUGGACCAGCGGGACCAGAAGAGAGCAGAAGAGGCCGAUCAGCACACACAGACAACUCCGCCUCGCAGCUUGACACUGAACAACCACAAAGAGAAGCUGGAAGAAGGCAUGCAAGAGCUUCAAAAGAAGAAAGAGGAGCUGGAGAGGGAGAGGGACGAGGGCGAGAAAGUCAGAGAGCGAAUGCGUCGCUGCAUUGACCAGCUGUGGGCCAAACUGGCCCAGGUGCAGGCAAACAAUGCUACUGAGGAGGCUGGUCAACAUCGCUCUGAGGCCCAGCACUCAUCUGACUGCUCUAGCCUGGCUAAACUCACAGAGCAGCUUCAGGCCACACAGGGCAGGUAUCAUGAGCUGGAGGAGAAGCUUGACUACCUGCAGAAGAGUUCUGCUCAGCGUGACAGAACCGAGGCUCUUCUCAAGCAAAAAGACAAGGACUGUGAGGCUCUCAAAGCUCAGGCGACGUCUCUCUUAGCAGAAUUGAAAGAGAGGCAGAGCUGCCUGGACAAAAGCGAGCAUGAACGCAAAAUGUUGGAGGAAAAACUGUGUAGUAAGGUGAAAGCCCUGCAGGUGGCAGAGCAAGAACUGGAGCAGCAGCGCAGUCAACAUCACGUGAACAUGGACAAGCUUCUGUUGCAGAUUCAGAGCUUGGAGCAAGCCCUGAAGGCAGAGAGACAUGUUGUCACUGAGGAAAAGAAAAAACUGACCCAGCUUCAGCACGCCUACACGUGUCUCUUUAAAGACCACGAUUCUAAAAUGAAGAGCGAGGGGGAUUUGUACAGCCGACUGGAAGACGCAGAGAGAGCGCUGGCUCUGAAGCAGGACCUGAUUGACAAACUGAAAGAGGAGGCGGAGCAACAAAAAGGCUCACUGGAGACCGUUCCAGUCCUCACCGCGCAGGCUGAGAUCUACAAGGCAGACUUCCUGGCAGAACGAGAAGCAAGAGAGAAGCUGAACCAGAAAAAAGAGGAGCUGCAGGAUCAGCUAACUCAGACUUUGGUUGAGCUUGACAGGCACAAACAAGAAGCCACAUCCCGGGCACGCAUGGAGCAAAUGAAGCUGAGACACCAGGAGGACUUUCCGGCACGGGUCCCACAUAUUCCAGCUCCACUAGGUGUAUUUUCAGUUGGAGCUUUCAACACGGCACCCCCGCCGUCGUACCGCAUUCAAGGCCCGGGGCAGGUCGGUGAUCAUGGAGCAGCGGGAGUUGAGGAGCUGCCAGACUUCCGUUGUCCCAAGUGCCAGUACCAGGCUCCAGAUAUGGACACGCUGCAAAUCCACGUCAUGGACUGCAUACAGUAACAGAGUCCCUCAUACACACACAUUGAACAGCCAUACCGCUAUGAUCUCGUAAGGGCGAAUGGAAUAACACAUCAGUGGGUGAGACUUUGAUACGUGGGCAUCCUCAAAGUUGACAUAUGCAGGAGCUGCCGAAAGAUAUUUGGAGAAGGACAACCGGUCAACCGAUGGGGUAAUUUGUAGGAUGUAAAGUCGAACUUUAGUCGUCAGUUUGCCAUAUAGCUGCAGGUCAGUUAGUGUGUCCAUGUGCAGAAGAUCCAAAGUGCCUACAACAGGACCAUGGAACAAUGUUGGCAUUAGUCUCGGCUUUUUUUCUUGCAAACCGUUGGCAUGGGCAGUCUGAUACUUUUGAAAAAUGUUCUACUGGGUUUUUAAGAUUGUUGUUUGACGCUUAGAAAUGAUUGCAGACCAUGUAUAUCCUUCCAUGGAGACAGUAUCACUUGGGGACUGUUGCAACAGAACAUUGAGAAUUACCACAUACGGGAUCUUUUGUGUGUAACACCUCAAGCUCCUGGUGUUAAAUGUGGUCUCUAAAGUCUACACAUUUCAAUUUAACUGAGGUUCUUUCCAAAACAAAACAAAAACCCAAGUUUGAUGUCAAAGAUCACCUGGUCAAAGGUCUUGUCAGAGCUGUUAUAGUUCCAGUUCAGUAUUUGGGUGAAGGUUGUAGUGGUAUGGCUGAUCAGUGUCGACGCUCUGUAUGCAGUUAGGAAUUAUUUUUUUUUAUAGUUGCACCAUAACUUGCACACACGUUCACAAUCACGUAAACCAGGAGUGCCCAAACUUUUUUAGCUGAGGGGCACACACUGACUAAUCAAAGAACCCGGGGGGCCAUUUCGGUAGUUUUCACCUUCAAAACAGUACAGUAUAUCGAUUUGUUUCUAAUGAACCACAAAAUGCUCUUUUGUUAGAAACUUUUUGUGAAUGAUGAAUAGGCAAAACCGAACUAAAAUGCUAACAGCUAGCACGCUGGCCCAGAUAGCAUCAAGUAACAAAAAUAUAAGCAGAAUGAGCUAAAAAAAACCAAAAAAAACGAGCAUGCUAACAGUACUAUAUUAACAUGCUAACAAUAGCAUGCUUACUGUUAACAUUAGUGACAUACCAAAAUAUAUGACACUCAGGUGUAUACCUGCUAAAUUAGCUAAACAAUCUAGCAUGUUAAAAUGCUUACUGUAACAUGCAUCAAGUACCAAAAUAUAUUACUCUGAAGUGUGUUCCUAAAAAAAUGCUAAUGUUAGCAUGUACCAAAAUAUGACUGAGUUGUAUGCCAACAAAAAUUAGCUCAAAAAAAAAGCUAGCAUAAUUACAUUAGCAUGUUAACAGGUAUCAUUCAUCAAGUAAUAAACUUAUUUGACAUUGAAGUGUAUACCUGCAAAAUUAGCAAAGAAAAAUUAGCAUGCUAACGAAUGUGCCGCAGGCCGUUAAAAAAUGAGCAACAAGCCGCAAAUGGCCCCCGGGCCGUACUUUAGACACCCGUGGUGUAAUCUAAUACGUGUGAUUAAAGUGACUGAUGGAAUCGAGGCUUCCCAAACAAAAGGGAAAAAAAACACAGGACUCUUUCUUCUGACCUGGUCUACCAACUCACUCUGUUGGAGCUGUUCCAUUUUAAAAUCCCCUGUCGGUUUUUUUUUUUGUUCAUUUCCCCUGAUCCACCUCCUUUUCAUACCUAAUUUUGUUGCCAAAAAAAAUGCAUUUUAUCAGACUUUGCACACAAACAGUUUGUCUCACCUUACUGUGCAGAGUUAGCGGUGUAAUGCAAUGACUAUUCUUUGUCUUUGAUUGAAACUUUCACUGUACUAGUUCAUCUUUGGACCUAAGAUAAUAUAUUAUUAAAAAAAACAAAACAGAGUUUUUACAAUUCCCCUUAAAGGUUGAAUGUGAGUCAAUAACCUAGUAAGCUUUGAAUAAAGUGUAUAUUGAAAUAUUUGGUCCUAAGUGUUGCAAGUCUACAUUACCUCAAAACAUUUACAGUUUGUACGAGAGAUGGUUUCACUCGUCUUGACCGAAGUAACCCUUCUCUGUGUUCUGUGUCCGUGUAUAUUGUUGACUGCAUAUAUUGUGUACUCUCCUGUAGCUAUUACUACGAAUGUAAGAACAUUGAGGUCAACGUUGGUGUGAUGAUUGUCUGUAAUUGUGAAUGCUCUGUUGGCGCAAAGAAAAAUCGUUUAGAAGCUCCAAAAUAAAUGAGAUAUCCUUUUGGCCCACGUCUGGUGACGUUAACUU